AUGGAUGCACUCCUUUUUUUGAUCCUAUGUCUAUGUUUUCCGAGUUAUUUCGGUCAGUCAGUGACACAGAACCCGGCAGCGGUGACCAAGAAGGAGUGUCAGUCUGUCAGCAUCAACUGUGUUUUCAAUAGCCGUAAUUCUUACCAUUAUUUUAAGAGUGGAAGUUUCUUCAGAAAAACACGGGAAGCGACGGAAUGGGAGCGGAUCUCGGGCGAUGGAAGAUUUGUUGUGUCCGUGAAUAAAGCACAAAAGGCAUUUUCGUUGGAAAUUCGGGAUCUCAGAAUUGAAGACACUGCCACAUAUUACUGCAAGGCUCAGUAUUACAGACACAAUUACUAUGUAGAUGGAUCCGGGUCGGUGCUGAAUGUCAUAGCUGAUUCUAAUUCCCUGGUGUCCCAGAGUCCGCCUCUGCAAACUUCUGCUGCAGGUGACACAGUUACUUUAAGCUGUGACUAUUCAGGAUUCGAUCAGUACACAGUUUACUGGUACAGUCAGUCCCCAGGACACGCUUUGAAAUACCUCCUUCAAGGAGACACUUCAGGAAAGCAGAGAAAAGAAAAUGCUGCCGGAGGACGAAUUUCUGCUUCUAUUGAUCCUAAGACGACAACCAGUCGGUUAAUGAUCUCUCAAAUACAACUGAAUGAUUCUGCUGUUUAUUACUGCGCAAGGAGUCGGUGCUCAGCACACAGAGAUACAGAGCACGGAGAAAGCUCAACAAAAACUUUAACAUCGUAG